GUUACGUAGCCGCCAUUUUGUUUCACCGGGAGGAAAGAAACCAUCCUAACAAACGCCGGCGUGAUUAUUUUCCUUUAUUUUAAGCACCUUCAACACGGCGGAUCAGCAUCGUGCACCCGAGUUUAGAAACGCAUGGUAAGUACACAAAGAAUUCACAUUUGCAUUAUGGGGAAACGCUGUGUUUAUAUUGAGCGCCACCAUCGGUGUUGGAUCGUUGUGAGAGCCGCUGUUAGCAGCUCUUAUUCACGACCAACCGGCAUUUUGACAAACAUGACUGACCGGAAUAACGGCGUGUAAAACAGUCGAUUGAUAAUUGGUAAUGUGCUUUUGAUAUCGAGGCUUUCAGCAAGAGUAAAAGCUGUGGUUUUAGGUGGUUUUCUUUAUGCAUUAUCCUCAUACAGUCUGCAACUCCACGCGCGCGGUCAGGACUGAGGCCUGUACAGUCAGUAAGCGCUAAUGUAGGUACGCUAGCCGAGGCGGAUCGUAGGCUGAAAAAACAGAUUAAUAACUGUAUUUGCAAGAAACUAACGGCUUAAAUUGGCUGCUAAGUGAGUGAAAGGGCAGAACGAGCGGUCGUGGUCCUGUUCAGCGCUUGUUGCUCCAGCGUGACUCUGUUUCAGUUUCAUAUCUGUGUGCAGAGAUAACAGCGCCCGCUCAGAUCAGGUCUCACUUUGUCAACAGAGACAGUCCCAAUCAACAUACAUCUCUCCUAACCAUUAUUUUAGUUUCUCCUGAAGUCUGACUUAUCUAGACUUUAAGAUUGUUACUCCAAGAUCUGGACCACACUGGUCGUUGGACAGUUUGGAAACAGGGUUCUGACUCUAAAACACUAUAUCUACACUGGUCAGAUCAGGACCAGACUACCAAGGAGAGAUGACAUACUUCUUAAAACAUGUAUGAGAUUUGUAAAAGCUUUGUUCUAAUUUUGAAAUGCAAUCACAACGGCGAUUCCAGUGGUUUUCCCUCUUAGAUAAUAUUAGGACACAACCUGAUCUGGAGUUAUGAUACUCCCAUCAUCUGAGAGAGUCUACAGAUUCAUUGAAACACAGCAAGUUUGUGAAACCCGUAUUCAAAUGCAUGAAAGGGCAUUUUCAUGGCUUUGUUUAAUCUCUGGGCCACAUGGGACACGGUUUCGAUCAAUAAUCCCAAUACCUAGAUUCCUCAGAUCUGGACAGGACGGCUUUAGAAAGAGGAGCAGCUCCUUUAAACAGAAAUCUCAGCUUUGUGAAACCUUUGGUGCAGACUUGAAGAUGCAAGACGUGAUAUAUAUGCUUUUUUCAUCUUUAAAUCAAAGUAGACCAGGCCAUUGAUACGUUUAACUUCUCAAAUUUCAGUGGAACUAAAGCCUCUCUAAGACACAGUCUGAAAUUUGUGACUUAAGCAAUCCUCCUGCCUUUCUGUCUGUCUGCACCAAAGGUCCCGAUCCUAAACCACUUUACAUAAAUGUGCAAAGUUUGGAUUAGAUCAUCUGAGAGAGUCUUUCGGACAUCUCACAGCACAGAGCCAGUUUAUAAAGCCUUGAGUCUAUUUGUGGAAAUGUAGAAAAGGGGCACCUUUUCAGCUUUUUCCAUUUAGACCACACAAGACCUGGACCUUUCCGAUAAAGCUUCAGUUCAUUUGGUGUGACUGCAGUCUCUUUGAAACCUUAAUUUUGUGUUUACAACAGUAAACAAAGACAGUUAAGGCCAGAUUUGAGGAGUCAAGGUGUUGUGGUUCUGGAUCAUGAGUUGGUUCCAUGUGGUCAUGAGGUGAAAUAACACAAUGCACUCACCCCUUUUAUGCCUUUUAGAUAUAAAAAAGGACUUUUAAACGUACAAUUGUGUAUUAUAGAGCCUUCUGCCUCUCCAAAAUUGAUUUAGUCCGGGUUUGUAAACCCUCAGAAUUGUAGUUCUGGAUCAGGACCUGGUCCAAUGUUGUUUUGAGGUGAAAAAAGAGCCUUAAAGUAACUGUGUACAUAAUCAUCUCCUGGCUUUUAUGAAUGAUUUAAUGAAAACAACUUAAUCAGAUUCAGUCAUAUGUGUUUCUCGCUUAAAAUAUUUCCCUUCAACACUGAACAUUCAAGAGGAGACAUGUCCCAGGCUCAGAUGUAGAGAGGGACCCUAAACUGUCAGCCCUAAUUACCCCUCACUACUGCACCUACGCUGCUAAUUCUGCGUCUCUUUUAAUGCACAGAUGUCUGGAGACAUGGCCACAGAUCAUGUAAACGGGAAUGGGACGGAGGAACCGAUGGACACUACUGCUGCAGUGACCCACUCAGAACAUUUCCCAGCACUACUGGAAGCUGGAUUACUUCAAAAAGUUGCUGAGAAACUAGAUGAACUUUACGUAGCAGGUGAGUGAAACCGACCGAGUUUUCCUGUGGUUUUAUUAGAGUUUCGUUAUGAGGACAAGAAGAUCAUAGAGAACUGAGACGCAAACUCUACUGUUGUUAAGUUUGGUUUGUGAUGUGCAGGUGAAAUGUGAGGAAUUUCAGCUUUUUAUUUACAAGGAGAAAUCUGGUGAUUCUUAUUGAAAAUAAUGUCCAAUCAAAGACUGAAACAAAUGGUACAUGUUGCUUUGUGAUUAAAAAAAAUGGUUUGGGUUUUGAAAACACAAACUGAUAUUCUCACUCACCUAUCAAAUCAACCAUUGACUGUUUCCUGAUUGAUUUUGAAUAUGAAUUGGAGAUGUACCAUUCAGUGUUUCGGCCCCUGAUUGGAUUGUUUUUAAUACUGAGUAUCUGCCAACACAGAGUCUUGAUCUGAUAAUUGUGUUUGCCUCAGUAAUAGAGCUUGACACCUUUUCUUCCAAAGCAGAAAAGCCGGUUAAAAAUGUGCUUGCUCUGCAGAUUUUUUCAUUUACCUGCCAACUCACCUGAUGACUUAAAUGGUUGAUUUCAGACCCGGACCUAAAGUAAACAAAUGAUCUUGGUGAGGUCUUGAGCAGUGACAUGAUACAAAAGUCUGUUUUUGAACGAAGAGCUGGUCACAUUUUGUUUUCAGUCCCCUCAAACCUUGCUGCACAUCUUCAAAAGUGCUUUGUGGUAGAAUAUAUGGAAGCAUACAGCUCCAAAAGGCGGCAAAAACUUGCACAUUCCUCCAUAAAGUUUGGCCUGUUGUCCAGAGCGAUGAGUUGAACCAGCUUCUCGGGAUAUUUAAUCUCCUUUUAAGGUCCAGAGUGUGGUGCGGCAGCCUUUUGCUCUCUCGCUUUAGUGAACACAGCUGCAUGUUAUUUUUUCAGAAGUCGUAUCAAACUGGUCGUUUUGAAUGCAGCUCUAUUGCUUCUUUAAGCAGCAUUAUUAUUGCAUGCACUGCACUUGACUGUCAGACUUUUAGCUUUGUAGUUAAUCGUAUUUUCACGCUGACUUUUUUAGCCACAUGGAUGCCCAUGAUGGGUUACUUGCACGUUUGCUCUCUGUUGCAAAUGAAGCUGGAUUUAUGCUCUUUGACAUGAAUGAUUGAAAACAGAUGAUUGGUCUAAAAAGCCUAACCUGUAUUGGUAAAAAAAAAAAAAGCAUACAUUCACCCUGAUAGCUGAUCAGAAUUAAUGGCUGUCAAGCUAUUUCGGAAAAUAAUCUGCGUGUUUUUGUGUUUUGCUGAUCUCUGAAUGGUGGAUUAUUGUCGAUUAUCGUUUGUAAAACUGAUGAAAUUGGUAUUUUUAAAAUAAUGACACAUCAGCAGUAUUAAUCAUCAGCUCUGUUGUCGUGUCUUGGCUUUAAAAAUCAUAUCUUUUUCUUAUUAAACAUUUGAGCAGCCUGAUUUCAGAGUGAGCCUUUAGUGUGCAACUGAACUCCUCCUGCUGGUUGUGUAUCUGUUUACCUGCUCUGUCGCUCCCUCCAUUAAAAAGCCAUCUAGCACAGAAACUGCUCUUUCUUUAAGUGUCAGUGUUGUUGAAACAAAGAGUGUACUGCAAUAGUCAAUAAGGAAUGAUAUUAUGACCCGAGUUAAAGAAAUGGGACCAUAUAGAGUCAUUAAUUAUACAUGAGCGAAGCACAUAGGUGUAGAGAUUCGAUUUCCUGGUAGCAGAAAGAAAAUACUAACACUGUAUUGUCAAGUUAAGAUUAAAGUUGUGCACAGAUGAAAAUCCUGCCAUGAUUCCCCCCUGCAGGAAUCAGUGAAAUCCCCGACAAAGCGCCCGAGUGAUUGUGAAGUUACGUAGUAUUGUACUGCUUUAAAGUAAAGACUCCGCUUUGAAUGGAUGAGAGAGUGGGUGUGUAGGCUCCCUGUGAAGAGAUCAAGGGAGGUAGACUGAAGCCAGCUGGUACUGUGUCACACACAGGAAACAAUAGAGCAGCUGUCUGCCGGCAGCAGGUGAAUUGUUCUCUCCGAGCAGGAGCAGGAACAAGGAUGAUAACAGAGCUGCUGAUACUGAGAUUAAAAACUGUGCUGUUUGAUUUCUGACGUGCGUCUUAAGGAGAUUUAUCGCAUCCAAAUUCGGCACCAUGCAAAGCUGUAAAAUGCGUAUACGCUGUGUUAUAUUCAGAUAAUAAGACCUGGAUAUAAUGAGGCCUUUGUGCAGUCAGCCGACAUUUUCUCCGCUGCAGAUCAAUUAUUAUUAAGCCUCUGUUGUGUAAGUCCUUCAUAGCUGCCUGAGUCAUGCAUACAUUCUCAGCAGUAACCGGAAACCUAACUCUUCUUUUCUGUUGUGCUCAUUAGGCCUUGUAGCACAUAGUGACCUAGACGAAAGGGCUAUUGAUGCUUUGAAAGAAUUCAGUGAGGAUGGAGCUCUGCAGGUGCUGCUCCAGUUCAAAGAGAGUGAUCUGUCACACGUGCAAGUAAGUUUAAUCACCUUACAGAGAGUGUACAAAGUGGUGUAUGUAUACAUUUUCUAUCCCUGGAAGACAAAUGUUGGUUAAAGUUGGUUUAAAAAACUCGGUUUAUACACACAGUUCUGCAGGAGCCUACUUUUCUAACCCAGUUCUUCUCCCCCUGCAGAACAAAAGUGCCUUUCUGUGCGGGGUUAUGAAGACUUACAGGCAGAGGGAGAAACAGGGGACGAAAGUUUCAGACCCCACCAAAGGGCCAGACGAGGCAAAAAUCAAAGAACUCCUGGACAGAACAAACUACACACUCGAUGUUACAACAGGCCAGAGGAAGUACGGCGGGCCCCCUCCUGAGUCAGUGUACACAGGCGCCCAACCCACAGUGGGGACUGAGGUAUCUGUCGUCUUGUAUGUUUAAUUCAAACAGAUGUUGAGUGGAAAUGUUUGUCAGAUGAAGCAGCUAUAAGUGAAGAAAGAAGUGUUGUGAUUGGUCGAUUCUGGUAGCUUUUUGUUUGUUUACAGUUUGUCCUGCGUUAAAAAGAGAACAGAGGUUGAAAGGGUGUCUAAAUCCCAAGUGUAUAAAAAUUGUUUUUAUUUUCUUGCAGAUAUUCGUCGGGAAGAUUCCCCGUGACCUGUUUGAAGAUGAGCUGGUUCCUCUCUUUGAGAAGGCUGGACCUAUCUGGGACCUCCGGUUAAUGAUGGACCCGCUGAGCGGCCUGAACAGGGGCUAUGCCUUCGUCACUUUCUGCACUAAAGAGGCAGCCCAGGAGGCGGUGAAACUGGUUAGUCCAUCCAAGAUAAAUUGAUUAUGAUGGCAGCUUUUCUUGUUGGAUAGUGAGCCUGGAAAAGAGAUGAGUCAGGACUGCAUAUGUUGCUUAACAGCCAAGUAACUUGAAUGUGCAGAUUUUCCACUGCCAGUAAACUAGAAGACUGGAAUUCAAACUCAACCGGAGAAGAUGUACCUUCCCCUGGUUUGAUAUCAUGUGUCAUAUUGUUGGAAAAGGUUUCUGUUGUAUGUCUGCUAUCUCAAGUGGUUCAUGUUUUUUUUUUUGUUUUCUCAUUCAACAGUGUAAUAAUCACGAGAUUCGCCCUGGCAAACACAUCGGAGUGUGUAUAUCUGUCGCCAACAACAGGCUAUUUGUUGGCUCCAUUCCGAAGAGUAAAACAAAGGAGCAGAUUGUAGAGGAGUUUGCUAAAGUCACAGGUGAAAGAAGAAGAAAAUUGAAGUGUCUUGAUGAUCGUAUAGAAGGAAAUGCGGAUGAGUCUGAAAUCAUUCGAAUGAUUUAAUGCUUUUUGUGUUUUUUUUCUACAGAGGGCCUCAGUGACGUCAUACUGUACCAUCAACCCGACGACAAAAAGAAGAACCGUGGUUUCUGUUUCCUCGAGUACGAAGACCAUAAAACAGCUGCUCAGGCUCGCCGCAGGCUAAUGAGCGGCAAAGUAAAGGUGUGGGGAAACGUGGUGACCGUGGAGUGGGCAGAUCCCAUCGAGGAUCCCGAUCCCGAGGUUAUGGCCAAGGUGACAGUCCCCAAUAAACGUUUGCAUGGAAACGGCAGAAUUUAAACUCAUGAGAAUCAAGUCAUAGCAUAAAUGCUGAAGCUGACCUGAGAUUUUGCGUGUCUGCUUUGCAGGUAAAGGUUUUAUUUGUCAGGAACCUCGCCAACAAUGUCACAGAGGAGCUCCUGGAGACGUCUUUCGGUGAGUUUGGAAAACUGGAGCGAGUGAAGAAACUCAAAGACUACGCUUUCAUUCACUUUGAGGAGAGGGACGGUGCUGUGAAGGUAAUUAUCCUUUCCUGUUUCUCUUCUGUGAUGUUAAUGCAACAUGAAUCCUGUUAAAUUCUGCAAUACAAACUUUGAUGAGGAGUAACGACAUUUCCUCAGCUUUAAAUGAAAUGAGAACCCAUCAAAAAUUUCUCUUUUAGGCGUUGGAAGAGAUGAACGGGAAGGAGCUCGAAGGAGAGCCGAUUGAGAUUGUUUUUGCCAAGCCACCAGAUCAGAAGAGGAAAGAGCGCAAAGCACAGAGACACGCCGCCAAGACGCACAUGUAAGUAACGAGCACUACGAACUGUUGAUUUUAAUAUAUGUGCACUUCUUCUGCGUGAAUUCAUUUUCUGGAAAGAUUCAAAGCGGUUUUAUUUACAGUGUAAUCCAAUAAUCUCAAAAUAGGUAGAAGUCUUGAGGGUGAUGUAACACAGAGAUGGAUGUAGAGAAAUCUAGAGGGAGACUGAUUGUUUGUGAUAUUCACCAUUUGGCCGAUCAGCUGUAUUGACCUUUUACUGAUGGCCAAAGUGAAUGAAAUGAGUAAAAAAGGACUGUUUUGGCUCAGCGGCUGGUGUGACUCUCUCAUGACUGUGUGACUGGACUUUAAGUGUCACUGGUUAAGUGUUGACUCUUGUUUAUGAUGUAGGAGAUUUCAGAUUCAACUGAAUGUCUUCUCAUGGCAUUUAAGUGAAGCUUUCUGUUGGAGUCUGUAAAUUUCUGUAUUGAAAUUUGGACUGCUUUUCAUUGUUACUGUUGGUGCAGAUUGGCUUUAAAGUAUGAUGGGUAAACAGUCUCAUGAGCGACUAAUAAUCUGCGCUGGUAUCAGUCCUAAAACAACAGUAUUGUUUAACGCCAGUGUGUGAUUAAAUCUUUUGAAUAAGUGAGGCUCUGUCUUUGGGCUUACCAUCUCUGCAGUGCACUGCAUGAGAUCUGUUUUUGACUGACAGAGUGGCUGCUCUGCUAAAAACCAGAGCUUUUGGUCUGCCCACUAUAAAUGACGCCAACAUGCUCCCAUGUGUGAGCAUCAAACAGCUAUCAAUGCCAACAGUGUGUGCUGAUGGUACUUGCUCUGUGAUGCCAUUACAGAGAUGAAUGUGGCUGGUGUUUCUCAUCAUAAAUUAUCAAGAGAAAUUGAAAACAGAAGUCUUAUUGUGUUUGGUUUUAUUCGUUUCCUCCUCCCGUCUUCUCCAGGUAUGACGACUAUUAUUACUACCCUCCUCCUUCCCACAUGCCUCCUCCUGUCAGAGGCCGGGGCAGAGGUGGCAACAGGGGCGGCUACUCUUACCCCCCUGACUACUACGGCUAUGAGGACUACUAUGACUACUACGGCUAUGACUAUCACAACUACCGUGGCGGCUACGACGACCCCUACUACGGGUACGACGAUUUCCAGGCUCCGGCACGAGGGCGAGGCGGCAACAGGGGUCCUAGAGGCGGAGCCUCACCAGCCAGGGGACGCAGCAGCGCCGGGGCACCCAGGGGCAGGGCCAACUUCUCCCAGCGUGGCGGACCAGGACCAGGUCGUGGCGGCGGACGGGGCGUGAGAGGAUCCAUGCAGCCGCGAGGGCGAGGAGGGGUACGUGGUGCUCGGGGUGGCCGCGGUGGAAAUGUAGGAGGAAAGCGCAAAGCUGAUGGGUACAACCAGCCAGAUUCCAAGCGUCGCCAGACCAAUAAUCAGAACUGGGGCUCUCAACCCAUUGCUCAGCAACCGCUCCAAGGUGGUGAUCAUUCUGGUAACUAUUCCGGUUACAAAUCCGACAACCAGGAAUUUUAUCAGGAUUCUUUUGGGCAACAGUGGAAGUAAACCAGUAGGGCUUUGAUAAAAAAAAUACGUGUUUUAUUGUUUUUGUUUUUGUCUUUUUAUUUAGAGACUUGAUCUGAUUGGCCCUCAAUCCCAUACGGUUGCCUGCGUUUUUUCCUCAAAAUUGGGUGACAUCUGGCAAGAUAUCUUUUUGUACAUAUUUUAAUAAUCCGCUUGGACUCAAACAGUAGUCACACUCCCACCUGUUUCUGGCGAACUGCUUUUCUUUUUAUCCCUUUGUUUUUUUUAAAAGAUGGUCGUUUAAAAGAUUUUCCAUAACCAAGUUUGAAAGAAAUUUUUAGAUGCAAAUAUGUGCUCGAGCUGUCUAUUUGGCUAUAGCUUUAUGUAUGUUUCUAGAGGUUCUGGUUUCCAUGUUUUAAGUAGCUAACAGCAACAACGCAUAUGUCUCCUAAACAUGUAUUUAAAACAAAUGAAAAUACAAUUUGUAUUGUCACAAAGUAAUGCGUGUCUUGUUAUUGAAAAGAGAAAAAAAAAAGGACCGUAGUAGUCCUAUUUUUUGGCUUUACAUUUUGGCUUGUAUUCUUUGCUGUUUGUCUGCUUUAAUAAACAUACACGCACACGUGUACAAAACUUCAAAUUGUGUUGCAAAUUCAUGUUUCGGCAAAUUCUCUCUUCAAAUUGCCUUCAAAUUUAAGGCUCCUUGUGGAAGAAAAUGGACUAAAGGUUUGCCAAUGUUGGCCACAUGCUCCAAUGUCACCUUGCAUGCCAUCAAAUUCCAAAUCACCUACUUCUUCUACAGUCGGCAUCUCAAGUGCUCUGUAUGUGUAGUGACAUACUCCAUCCUUAUGAGUUCCUCUCAUGUCCAAAAAACAUAAAUGUCUCACAAAUUGGUGUGCCAAAUUCACUGUCAAUGCAGCAUUAAGUUGAAGCCCCGCCCCGCCCCCCCUUACCAGUCUUUCAUAUGGUCCCUCUUGUAACAAGGGGGGGAUAAAAGCACAAUUUGAUCUAUUAAGUCCAAAGAGAAGCUUUUCCUUGUCCCAGAAGGAUCUACCUAGCUGUUGAAGGCCUGGAUACUAAUCUUGCAUGUGUACCUGGAGGAUUGACGUUGUGCUAAUGUGAGAGAUAACUGCCUUGCAUGACUCGCUUGUAGUGUUUCUGUUCAGUUUGCUUUUAUAGGCGCUGUGGCUGCUCUUAAGCUCCUCCUCCUUUUUCUUUUCUCUGCUUGUUUGUCCACGUCUUCACCUGCCGCACCUCAAACGAUUGUAACAACUCAAACUGAAGGCAUUGACAUGUGCAUGUUCAAUCAGAGCCUGUGAGAAUGCUUUGUCUAAUGCAGAUUCAUGUUUACACAGUCGUUCCUCUACAGUUAUAUACUGAGUGUUAGAGCUGCACAGAACUACGGUGGCCCUGAAAGCCAACUGCACAGACAUUUCACGACUGCAGAAAAACGUUAACUGAACCCUGGAAGCAUUUUCCUGAACGCAAAAAUGUUUUAACAAAUCAGGAUAAAUUUGAUAUAUUUCAAAAGAGCAAAACUCUAGAAAAAAUUUUUUUGUUAAACAAAAGAAACCAUUUUACAAACUGUUACCAUAUUUCAGAGAGCUGUAUCUUAUGCGAGAGAACUUUUUUUGUGGAAUAAAAAACGAUUUACACAAUCAAAAGACCCUUUUAACGCAACAAAAAUAUUUUCAAAAAUGUUUUUGUAAAGUUAAAAAAAAUGUGAGUAAAUGUAAAAAUUUCAAGAAAUGCAAAAAGUUAUAACUUUUGCAACAUAAUUUUGAUUGUUCAGGACAUAUUUUUGAAAAAAAAAUGGAUUGGAUUAAAUAUUUUAACUUUUUUGAAAUCUGUUCCACUUUUUUAAAGGACAAUUUGUGUCAAACAUUAAAAAUUUUGUUUUAACUUUUUAAAUUUUUUGAGCAACAUUUUGUGAUUUUGAGUUGCAUUUUUAUAUUGAUAUGUUUCAAUUUUUUCAAAUAUGUUUUCAAUUUUUUUGUUUAUGGUUUUUAUUUCUUGGUUAAAUCUUCAGUAUUUUGUCCUUUUUGGGGACAUAUUACAUUUUUUCAAACCUUUUUUAAGGUUGUGAAACUUUUUUCAACGAAAAAAUUUGAAGUUUUGUGUAAUGUACGAUUUUUAAAACAUCUAAGCUUUGUGUGGGAAAUUCACACUCUUAACAUUUUUUACAUUUUAAAACAAUUUUUGAUGUUUAAUGAGAUACAUUUUUAGAAACUGUUUCUAUGUGUUGAUAUUUUUAGUGGAACUGUUUUCACUUUCCAGAGAUCGUCCACGGUCUCUGGAAUUUUUUAAUUUUUCAAAGAGACAUCUUUACAUUUAGUGAGACGUUCAUGCGUCUGUAGAAAUACUUCUGUGUUUAAUGUGUUCCAGGUUCACUGAAACAUUCUUGCGGUUGUGAAAUGUUUGUGCAGUUGACCUUCAGGGCCAUCGUACAGAACAGUAGAUGUGUGUAGAUGUUACAUGAUCCUGUUUUCUGUUCUCUAAUUGCUUCCUUUUGUUACCUGACUAGCAGGAAAAAGGGGUCGAGGCUGGUCCUGAUGAGUCACUAUGAAGACUGACCCGUGUUUGGCGUCACUCACAGCGGGCUGCCAGUGGAUGGGAUGGUAAGGUCACCUGACUCAGUGGUCCAAUGGUAUUCCAGCCUUUUUUCACACUUCUCAAACAAACAGCCACAUUUAAAGAUAAUCAGAAGAGCAGAGCUUAAGCUUGCUGUUCCAGAGUGUAAAGAUUAUAACCCCCCUGCCCUGUACCCCCCUUAAAGCCCUAAAUAUGCUACUUUAGACUUGACCGAGCAGGAGGUCAUGAUGGACAUCCUUCUGGAAAAGUCUUUGCACUUUUUAACGUUUGGAGUGUUUAGUUUUGCUACUUAUUUUUAUUUUGAAGCUCUUAAACUACAUCUUUUAUGAUGGAUUUGGUGAUCUCUGAUUAUCAGAGGAAGUGUUGAGGUGUGAUCACCUGCUGUUGAAGGUCUGGGCAUUCCAGGGAAAUGGUUCCUACAAGAACCAAAGCCACCAAGGGUCCGUUAACUACCUCCGUUUGAAGGACUCACCUGAUCUGCCCUCUUUUGUCCUUGAGGAACCCCCCCCCAAACCCUGUCCCUGUUCUCCCCCCCACCCUCAGAGAUGCACAGGCUACAACAGAGCACUUAAAGAGAGACAUCCUGGUUUAUAGUUUUGGGUGGAAUCAACGCUGAACCAAAGCAGUUAUAGGUCAAACGAGCUUAUCAAUAGAGAGACUGCAGCACAGACUGUGCUUAAAGAUGGGCCGCGAGGGUGAAGCCGUGAUACCUCCUGCGUUUGUAGUCCGUCUCAGCAGUACAAAUCUGAAUUUAAUGUACCGAUAAGAUGACAAAGAUCCUUCAUAUUGCUCCAGCUAAACAAGUUCUGGUGUUGGUUUGAAGUACGAAUCUUACAGUGUAGCUAAUGUGGAAAUUUAAAGUAAAAAUUACACAGUCUGGCCUUGAAUUACUUCUCAGAACAGUCUAAAAUCAAAGUCUAUUUUAAAGAAAUAAAGAGAGACCUUUUAAUCCUUCGGGCUGAAUAAUCUGGGAAGUUUAUGGCAUUUUAAACAUAAUCUGAAUGUUUCACCUUCUUAUUGUCUUAUUGUCCAUCUCUCUUCACAGUCUUGUAAGCAGAUCCUGUAACAAGCUAAUCACAGCUGCUGGUUUAUCGUGUUGAUUCAGUCCAAGAGUUGAAAUCAGGCUCUGCUUUUCAGCUCAGACUUGACGUAGGCUUCCGUUACUCUCCGCCUAUCAGCUGGUCUUCCUGAAAUGAGCCGUAAUGUCUUAAAAACUGAACUGAGUGAUGAUGUAGUUUACAGACACACGAUGUUUCUAAAUGUUCUUGUUUUCUUUGUAAAAUCUCAAAUGCCUGGAAACUCAAGUCUUCCUCUGAUGGGAAAACCUGUCUUUUUUUUUUUUUUGUAAGCACGUCUGCUCUGCACGUACAAAUGUUUUUUUUUUUUUUCUUCUCAUACAGCUUCAUUUAAUUUGUAUGCAGAUCUGUAAGAAAAUGGGUUUAAUUCAAGAUAAGGAAGCAUGUAAAACAAAAGCAAAAGCAUGGCUAUACAUUUCAUAAUGUAGAUGUUUUAUCAUGCCACAAAUUCAUGUAAGUUCCUGUCUUUUACUGUCAGUGUAAACGUUGAACUGGAAGUCAAUAUGCAAGGAAUUUAAAGGAGAAAAUACAACUUCAUGUAACAUUUUUAAAUGUACGAUAAAAUUUAAGAUGGCAUGUAGAACUAUUUAGACGCCAUAAGGGUCAGUCCUCCCUACAGGUUCAAGUCCACUUCCCUGCACUGUGAGAUGUCAUCUGUCAUCUGUGCUUGUUUACAUCCGGGAGGUAGAGCGUCAUAGUCUUAUAGCAGUGGAAAUUAACUCAGUUUAUAACUGUUUAUAAGGUCUUAUUAACCAUUAAUGAACGCUCAUUACAAGGAUCUUAUUAUUAAGUGUUACUGAUCCAUAGUUACUGCCUGUCACUUCCAACCAGAAACUUUAAAUUUGAAACCACCUCACAACAACUGCUCUGGCUCUAGUUUGCUUUAAAGGAAUUAAGUUACCGCUCUUAUACUCUAAUUCAAUAAAUUUUAGGUACAUUAUAGGGCCCUGAUUAUUUAGCAGUAUUUAUGAUUUAUGGCUCUGUGUAAGAGUCUGAUAAUCAGAACUUUUGGGUUGAAUUUGACAUAUAAUCUGAAUCUCCCAAGUUGGAUUUCUCCUUUAAGCUCUUUUUAAACAUCUUUCCUGAGUGUCUUUGCAUUUUUCCGCUGUAUUUGAAACAAAGUGAUGUUCUCAGAAAUGUUUGUGCAGCUUGUUCUUCCAUUUUUAAUCAGGUGUAAGUUAAAGCUCCUGAUUAUUAUUAUUAUUUUUUACUAGUUCUGACUCUGUUGGAUUUCCAAUUUUAAGGGUCAGAUGUUUUUGUCUUUUGUUUUUUUUGCUAACAAGUGUGUUUGCAUUCUUGCAAAUGAAAUGUUUUAUACUGUACAGCGAGGCGAGUUAAACCUAUUUUUCUAAUAAAGUUAUUGACUUUAAU